CAAAGUCAGCAGACAUGCUGAUCCGUUUGCUAGUGAGUGUUGUGGUUAUUUACACCGGUUUGCUAACUGCCGUCAGUGCAGUGCAUCCGGUGCAAAAAAGUUGGAAGGCAUUGGAAGGUACCGUUGAUACGAAUGUCUUAGAUCAGGCAUCUGCGCAAGAGCUGCGGUAUCGCUUGCCCAGCUAUAUCGUGCCUACGCACUACAAACUGUACCUGGAGACGCAGGUUCACACCGGAAACCGAUCGUACAGUGGCAGUGUGGACAUUCAUCUGGACGUGCAACAGCAGACCAAAACGAUUUACGUGCACAACCGCGGAUUGCGCAUUCUAUCGAACGAGCUGUACUCGUCGGACGGUGGCGAAAAUGUCUCCUUCCUCGAAACUCUUCGCUACACCGAGGACCAGGAGCGAGAGUUUGUCAUCUUUUCGAUACGACGUGCGAUCGCACCGGCCCGGUAUAUCUUGCACCUUAACUUUGAAGGGCAACUCCGCACCGAUGAGGAUGGGUUUUACAUGAGCUCGUACAGGGAUGCCAACGGUACGAGAAGGUAUCUCGCAUCGACACAAUUCCAGGCGAUCAGUGCACGCUCAGCAUUCCCGUGUCUGGAUGAGCCGGCACUGAAGGCGACGGUUAGCAUUGAAAUCAAGCAUCAUCCAAGCUAUGAGGCCAUCUCCAACAUGCCGAUCUACGCCAUUGCUGGAGAUAUGGACGGUUACGUUGUUUCGUUUUUUGAAACAACGCCACGAAUGUCAAUCUACCUGGUGGCUUUCAUGGUGUCCGAUUUCGAGCACACGUCGAGCGAAGAAGGGCGCCAGCGCGUUUACGCACGACCGAAUGCAAUCAACCAAACACUGUACGCGCUCGAUGCGGGAGUUCUCAUCAUGGACGCGUUGGAUGAAUAUCUCGGACUCCCGUACGGUGACUUCAUGCCCAAGGUGGAUCAAGCGGCACUUACCCAAUUUUCCGCGGGCGCCAUGGAAAACUGGGGCUUGUGCAAGUAUCGCGAGGAGUACCUGCUUUACGAGCCCGGCGUUACGACCUUCCGAUCGCAAACCACAAUCACCACAAUCAUAGCGCACGAGUACGCGCACCAGUGGUUCGGUAACGUUGUCACCAACAAGUGGUGGAGUUAUCUGUGGCUUAACGAAGGUUUCGCCACGCUGUACGAGUACAUGGCGGCAGAUAUGGCUUAUCCCGAGCGCCAAUAUAGCGACCUAUUCAACGUUCAAGUGCUCCAGCGCGUUCUCAUCACAGACGCCGAAGAAAGCACGCGCCCCAUGACGUUUAGCCGCGGCGCAACGUUUUAUGCCAUCGUAAGCCUGUUCGAUAGCAUCGCCUACUUGAAGGCCGGCUCGGUACUUCAGAUGUUCCGGCUGCUUCUGUCGGACACGGCGUGGCGGCAGAUGCUAAGGAUUUACCUGGAGGGUAACGAGUUUGGGGCCGUUAGCACGGAUGAGUUUGUUGACGCAAUGGCGGAAGUGACUGACGGGUUGGACCUGCUGCCCGCUCACGUUGACGCGGAAGCCUUCGUCAAGAGCUGGGUGGAGCAGGCCGGGUAUCCCGUGCUCGAGCUUCGCCGCACCGACCGGGGAGAGAUUCUACUGUCGCAAGAUCGAUUCUACAGCAACAAAAUAGUGAACGAUGAUCCCACCGUUUGGAUGAUCCCGUACACGAUCAUGGAGCAGGGAGACUCACUGCAAGGUCCGUUUGAAUAUCGUUGGCUAACUACGAAAGCUGCCCGCGUGCCCAUCUCCACACCAGUUGACGAAUGGAUUUUGGCCAACGUCAACCAAGUUGGAUUUUUCCGCGUAAACUAUGACACCGCAAACUGGAACAUGUUGAUACAGGCACUUAUGGAUGAAACCGAAACCAUUCCAACGCUCAGUAGGGCACAGCUCGUCGAUGAUGCCUUCCAUUUGGCACGAUCGAACCGAAUCGAUCUUCUAACUACGCUGGAGCUCAUGAGGUACCUCAGACACGAAAGGGAAUACCCACCGUGGGAAGCGGCUAAUCGCGCCAUAAACUAUUUCUAUAAUCGUAUGCGCGGACAGCCGGACUUCACCCUCUACCAAAUCUUCGUCGACACGAUCAUUGGUGAUGUGUUCGUAACGCUUGAUAUCAAUUCGGUACUACCCGACGAAACGCUGUUCGAUAAGUAUCUCCGGCAGGUUAUCUCCACCUGGGCAUGCCGGAUGGAAAUAGAAAGUUGUCUGACGGACACGCGCAUCGCACUGGAACGUGAAGUCAGCGGCGACGAACGCGUACACCCGGAUGUGUCGGAAGUGGUGUACUGUUACGGGUUGCGUACCAGCACAACGAGCGCCUUCCAGUAUCUGUUCGGAAAGCUGCAGGCGUCAGAAAACCGAGGCGAACGCUUGGUGCUGAUCAAUGCGCUCGGCUGCACGAACGACACUGAGCAGCUGAACGCUUACCUGCUAACCGCGAUCGGUGGAGAUUUGCAGGUGAACUUCGACCUGGGCGAACGCACAUCCGUUCUAACGUCCGUGCUGGCAAGUCGGGAAGGUGUGGACGCGCUGUCGUCCUUCCUGAUCGACAACUACACGUACGUUCUGAGCACCCUUGGUGUGAACGUGCUGAACAAUUUGGUGCAAAACAUUGCAGCCCGUACCAACACUCCCGAGGAGGAACAGAUGCUAAACACAUUGCUGCAGGAACUCCAGUUGGUACUUCCGGCAGGCAACAUUGCGGCGGCACGAUCGACGGCGUCCAGAAACCUGGCGUGGCCUUCCACUCGAGAGGGCGUUACGCUAAGCUACUUCCUGGAGCGUUACGGCGUCCAACCGGCAUAAAUGGCCCGCGUGUACCGUUGUGAUGUACCGAGAUUGUAGAAUAAAGUGCAGCUUAUUUCGCAAACGCA